CGCGAUGUACAAAAACGUCGCGUCGAUCGUCAAACCCCCGCCGCCGCCCCCGAUGCACAAGGUGUUCGUGUACGGCACCCUCAAGCGCGGGUUCCACAACAACCGCCUGCUGCUCGAGAAGAACGCGGUGUACGUGGGAAAAGCGAAAACGCUGCGAGAGACGCGCCUCGUCGUGGACAAGCGAUACGGGAUCCCGUAUCUCAUCGACAGCAGCACGGACAGCGCGGACACGACGUACGCGGGCGGCGGCGGGCACGGGCACAGGGAGGUCGUCGCCGGGGAGCUCUGGGAGGUGGACGGCGACACGCUCGCCGAGCUGGACUUACUCGAGGCGACCGCGGAGGGAAUGUACGUUCGCAAAGAGAUGGAGAUCGUCUUCGUGAAGGAGAAGCUCGACGAGUACACCCCGGGGAAGUCGGAGAUUUUGAUCGCGUGGGGGUACGUCGCCGGGCCGGCGUCGCUCGCCGCGGGGAUAGGGACGACGCACUCGAACGACGUCACCGUCGGGGAGUACACGCAGUGGGUGCAUCGGUCGACGUACGUCCCGAAGAGCAAACGCGCGGACGGGAGCCUCGGAAAAAAUUUGGGGAGCGCGGGGCCAUCCGCGCCGCCGUCGACGAUCGCCUGAGAUGAACUCACGAGGAGGCGGGCGCGAGCGAGGGGAAACGGACGGUGCGGCACGUGUACUGUACCACGGGGGGAAUCGGGAACACGAUACGCGCGGCGUGAGGGGUUCAUGUAUAG